UCAUAUGACCAGGCAGCGGCAGAAAAUGGUGCCGAGAUGUGGAUAAAACCCUGCGGACACGGUGACUAACAUCCACGACCUGCACGAUGGAGGAGAUUAAAGUGUCUCCUGAUUAUAACUGGUUCAGAAGCACAGUACCACUGAAAAGAAUUAUUGUUGAUGAUGAUGACAGUAAGGUGUGGUCGCUGUAUGAUGCAGGUCCAAAGAGCAUCAGGUGUCCCAUUAUCUUCCUCCCUCCGGUCAGUGGGACAGCUGAGGUGUUCUUCCAGCAGGUACUGGCUCUGACAGGCUGGGGCUACAGAGUCAUCUCGCUGCAGUAUCCUGUCUACUGGGACCUCAUGGAGUUCUUUGACGGCUUCAGGAAGCUUCUGGAUCACCUGCAACUGGAUAAAGUCCACCUUUUUGGGGCGUCUCUGGGAGGAUUCCUGGCUCAGAAGUUUGCAGAGUGCACACACAAGUCUCCCAGAGUUCACUCUCUGAUUCUGUGUAACUCAUUUAGCGACACCUCCAUCUUUAACCAGACAUGGACAGCCAACAGCUUCUGGUUGAUGCCAGCUUUUAUGUUAAAGAAGAUUGUUCUGGGGAACUUUGCUAAAGGGCCGGUGGACCCUAAAAUGGCAGACGCAAUCGACUUCAUGGUUGACAGGUUGGAGAGUCUGAACCAAAGUGAGUUAGCAUCACGGCUAACACUCAACUGUCAGAACUCUUAUGUGGAGCCACACAAAAUAAAAGACAUUGCUGUCACCAUUAUAGAUGUGUUUGAUCAGAGUGCUCUGUCACUGGAGGCCAAGGAGGAGAUGUAUAAACUGUAUCCUAAUGCCAGACGAGCUCACCUGAAGACAGGAGGAAACUUCCCAUACCUGUGCAGGAGUGCAGAGGUCAACCUCUACAUACAGAUUCACCUGCGUCAGUUCCAUGGGACGAGAUACGCUGCUAUCAGUCCUGACAUGGUGAGCGCGGAGGAGCUGGAGGUGCAGGAGAGUCACCUGAGCGGUAACCGGGACUCUGAAGAUGACCAAUGAGACGACAUUCACCUGACAGCUGUUUCCUCUGAACAUUUCCAACGGUUUCUCUGUCUCAUUUCACAGCGUGUCUCCAGGUUUUCUAUGAAACUCAACAGUCAAUUAGCGACUCAACUGAGAAUAUUUUUAUUUGACAGAUGAAGCAAUAUUUUGAUAAUUACCUGUAUAUAAAUGAUACUUUACCGCCUGCUUUAUAACACAUACAACUCCUUGCCUUAUGUUGAAUGACCGAUACUUGUUGCACUCAUAAACUGCCUGAACUGUUGUCUGUGUGUAAAAUACAUAAUGUGGUUAACGUUGCCAGCAGUUAACUGGUUUCCUGUUGACAGAAAUAUGAACACAUUGGUUAAAGAGACAUAUCUGAACGUGUUUGUGUAAUUCAAUGAGAUGAAAUGACAUUUUUUGACCAUUUGUUUUGAAACCUUUACAGUAAAUUUUUAAAUAUCA